AUGGCAUUCCUUGGCAUUCGGCUGUCAGAAAUAAAAAAUAUUUGCACUGUCUACCAUAUUGGCAAUAUAAUUUUUUCUUUAUCUUUCUUUGUUGCAAAAACUUUUCCACCGAUAUGUACUCGUCUUUUUGGAAUUGAAGAGGACUUAUGUGCACUUGAUCGGCGUGAACACGAGAUAAUGGUAUUCCUCGGUGUGGUCAUCAUUUGGAAAAACAGGAAAGCAGUGAACUGGUUGCAUUAUAUUGCUAAUGUAUUUUUUUAUUCUAAGUUGGCCAAUAUUUAUCUCUUUUUGAGGGCUGAUAUCCUUGUUGGUACGAUUUAUGGUAUAAUUUUACUCAUUCUUUAUCCUGAGCCGUUGUAUAAAGGACCUGAGGUCAUAACAUAUUUUAAAGGGACGGAUCUACACGAAGAAAUAGAAAGAAAUAAACGAAUUACAUGGAUAGUUCAGUUUUAUACGACGUGGUCUUCGGAGUGUAAACAUGUGAGCGCUGUGUUUUCAAAUUUAAGCGAAAGAUUUAAUCUACCUAACUUACGCUUUGCAAAACUGGAUAUUGGUAGAUACCCCAAAGAAGCAGAAACGUUUCGUAUUAAUAUUCAUCCAGCUAGCAGGCAGCUACCAACGAUCUCACUUUUCCAAGAGGGUAAAGAAGUUAUGAGGAGACCGAUUGUUCAAAACAAGCGUGUAGUCCCCUUCACUUUUACCGAAGUAACUUUUUUAGUUCAAUUUUAA